UUAUGUGUGGGUAUGCUGGUCUGACAGGAUCUGGAAUUUCCCACUAAUGCCUAAAAACUAAACAGUUUUUAAAUGAGUUCCACCUGUUCCACCACUAGGGGGAGCAGCUGGACCACGUUCCUCCUGAGGAAGGUGGAGAACUUGAGUGAAAACAAUUAACUGCCAGAAGACAAACUCCUUUGAGGUCAUUGAUCGGGGUGUAACCCGGAGAGGAUCAGAUCUCUCCUACAGAGGGAGGUUUUGUCCCUUAAAUGCUCCACUAUGUGUGUCAUGAGCUGGAGAGCAGCCAGGGAGGAGGCAGAGGAGCAGAACUGAUGAAGGUUGUGAGAAAGCUGCAUCAGUUCACCUAUGACCUCUUCAUCCAAGCCAAGUCUCUGCACAUGCAGGUCAACUUCCCAGAAAUGAUUUCCGAAAUUGUCAGCGUUCACGUGCCCAAGAUCCUCUCAGGCAUGGUCAAGCCCAUCCUUUUCCACAACGCCACCUAAAGGUUCCGGUUUCCGUGGAGUGAAUCUGGACCACCUUUGGUGGCGCUGGAUACGGACCCUGACGCAUGCAGGGAAUGGAGCAUUCUUCCAGCAUUUUGUAAUCCAGUAACGUCCGCUCUGCUCCUUUCUUUCUGCCCGCUCACUGCAUCACACACAUCACAUGUUUGGGUUUUUUUUGGGGGGGGGGGGCUGAUCACAACACUUGCAUGCAUUCCUGCACUAAAGCCAACCAAGCUGAGCAUGUAAAACUUCUCCAGCUGAAAGAGGAAGCCAGCGCCGUAGUGAGAAAACAUGUUUGUAGAGUUCUCAUCCCCAACGAGCUUUUUGUUUCUGUGUGCUACAGUACGACAUUUGAACUAGCUUCUCUCCACAAUCAAUCUUAUUGUCUUCACCUGAGAGGAGUAGAAAAAAACCUGCUUGAUUGACAGUUAAUAAUAAGGCAGUUGUGCCUUGCAUGCUAAGAGGAAGAGCUAUCUCACCCCAAGGCUUUUAAAAACAUUUUUUCAAAGCUGUCCUCAUGUCUUAAAAAAGACACACACAAAAAAAAUAGUUUGAUGUUUUGUUCAGUCUGUUGAAAUAAACACCUUUAAAGUGCAAGUGACUGCAGCAAAGCUGAAAUCAAGUGUAUAUUUAUGAAAAAUAAAAGAUGCUCAAGAUGCAAGAAGAAAAGGAUCGGACAUGAAAAGUCGCCUCGACGCGUUUGUCGCUCGACUUUCUAAAGAAAUCCGCUUUUUUCUGGGUGCCAAACACUGUUUCCGUCAAACUUUUCAUACUGCUGUGGAACUUUUCUACCAUUUCUUAAAAGUCUUCUUUGCAAACGCUUUCUGGUGUGUCGUCGUGUGUUUAUUGUAGCUUCAAUGAUAAUAAAUGUCCAGCAA